AUGAAAAAGUUGAAAAAACGCCACGAGCCGAAUGGCUCCCGUACAGAAACAGUCAGUGAGAAACAUAAAGAUACGUCCUGGAAAAAGCAAAAGUUUGCGGACAUUCAACGGGCCUUAAACAGCGACCCUGUGGACAUCGAGGUCCUGCGCUGUGCAGCUCUAAGCGAGGGAGGCUUAUUAACGGACGAUGUGCGAAGGAAAGUCUGGCCAAAGCUUCUUAGUGUCAAUGUGUUUGACCUUCCUGCCAAACCUUCUAAAAAUAUCAGGGAGAACCACAAAGACUACAACCAGGUGCUUCUGGAUGUAAGGCGCUCAAUGCGACGUUUCCCAAAAGGAAUGCGAGUAGACGAGAGAGAAGUGUUACAGGAGCAGCUGAUCGACAUCAUUCUGGAUGUUUUGAGAAGGAACCCACAGCUCCAUUACUACCAGGGCUACCAUGACAUAGUGGUUACUUUCCUGCUGGUGGUGGGUGAGCGGAUGGCUACAGCAAUGGUCGAGAAGCUGUCCAAUCACCAUCUCAGGGAUUUUAUGGAUCCAACUAUGGACAGCACCAAACAUAUCCUGAACUACCUGAUGCCCAUCCUGGAGCGGGUCGACCCUGAGCUCCACGACUUCAUGCUUAGGGCUGAGGUUGGUACGAUCUUUGCACUUAGUUGGUUGAUCACCUGGUACGGGCACGUCCUGUCAGACUUUCGGCAUGUCCUGCGGCUAUACGAUUUCUUCCUGGCUUCCCACCCGCUCAUGGCCAUUUACUUUGCUGCUGUGAUUGUGCUGCAUCGGGAACGGGAGGUGAAGAGCACAGAGUGCGACAUGGCCAGUGUGCAUCAUCUGCUUUCUCAGAUUCCUCAGAACUUGCCAUAUGAGCAGCUGAUCACUUGCGCACAGAACCUCUUCACAGAGUACCCACCUUCUCAGCUUGCCUGCUCUGCCACACUACAGUCUAGCACCAGCUUGGCUAUCAAUUCCUUUCAGGACUUCCAGACCUCCAUUCAACAGCAGCGGCCUGACUCUGUCCUGCGCCAGCAGCAGGUCCACCAGCAUCAUGAUCCCUGCCUCGUCCCGGCGCACCCCCCUAGCGUCCAACCCAGCGGCGCCCAGCAGCUCAUGAAAAUGGCCGUGUGGGGGAUUUCAGCCACUCUCGGGGCAGCCGCACUAGCAGUCGCACAGAGCGCCAUGGACUGGGCACCUGAUUUUCUUCUACAUCUGUUCUGACCUUUAAGUGUGUGUCACAUGCCAAACUAGGACUAGUAAUUAUGUCAUCUGAUUUGCAUAAAAAAACCCUAAAGAAAAUGAAAUGUAGGAAAAAAAACACAAAAUGAUUUAGCCUCACCCCCUGUUUAUACCUCUACAUCUCCCAAGCUAAUAUUGGAAAUAUGAAAGCUAAAGUGGACAGGUUUUGUACUGAUAAGCAUUUCUGAACACCAUCCCAUCAGCAAAACGUCAGGAAAAAAGUGCGCCGUAGUGGAUUCUGUACAGCAACAGACGCACAAAUUAUUAAACAGCUUUUUUUUAACCUCUCAGAGUAAAAGAAACAGCUCAUUCAGAUGAUAAGAGAUGAGAACAAGCAGGUGGGUUUCCUCAGUCUGCACAGGAUAAACAACUCGUCCAUCAGUGAACGCAACACUUCGAAGCCUGCACGUUUACACUCGAGCAAAAAAACAAAAACAAAGAAACACCCACACACACUCUCACACAUUCAUCUUGUGUAUUUGAAGAAUGGUCACAAAUGAAAUAGAAGCAAAUGAUCUCUUAUUUUUACAAAGUAAACACUAGUCUGGAAGCUUUGAGGAGAGGAUCUUUUAACACUUCUGCGUUGACAUUCUUUAAUUUUCUACCAAAAAGUACAUUUCUUUAAUAUACACCGAUCAGGCAUAACAUUAUGACCACCUUACUAAUACUCUGUUGGUCCCCUUUUUGCUGCCAAAACAGCCCUGACCCAUCGAGGCAUGGAGUCGGACACCUUUCUAUCAGAACCAGCAUUAACUUCUUCAGCAAGUCAAGCUACAGUAGCUCAUCUGUUGAAUCGGACCACACAGGCCAGCCGCCCAUGACCCUGUCGCCGGUUUACCACUGUUACUUCCUUGGACCACCUUUGAUAAAUACUGACCACUGCAGAUCUGGAACACCCCACAAGAGCUGAAGUUUUGGAGAUGCUCUGACCCAGUCUAGCCAUCACAAUUUGGCCCUCGUCAAACUCGCUCAAAUCCUUACGCUCACCCAUUUUUCCUGCUUCUAACACAUCAACUUUGAGGAUAAAAUGUUCACUUGCUGCCUAAUAUAUCCCACCCACUAACAGGUGCCGUGAUGAAAAGAUAAUCAGUGUUAUUCACUUCACAUGUCAGUGCUUAUAAUGUUAUGCCUGGUUGGUGUAUUACUACCAUCCAAAAUAUCUGGAGAACAUGCAAACUCCACAAGAAAAGGACCCGGCCCACCCCACCUGGGGAUCAAACCCAGGACCUUCUUGCUAUGGCACAGAUGUCAAGGUGCUUUUUGAUGUUUUAAGUACCUGUAAUUAUUACGUAGCAGAAUUUGUGUGAAUAUAGUAAUUUAUCAUAUCAGUUUGGUUACUUUUGAUUUCCAUUGUUGUAGCCUGGCUAAUUUGCUAACUAGGCGGUUAGCAAAACGUCCAGGACUAGGGCUUUUAAAAAGUGGGUGUGGUCCUUGUGCAGCUUUGUUCUUUGCGAUCAUGUGAUUUACAGGAACAUCUCUGAUUUGUAGUACUUCACUGCCACUAUUGAGUGCUUAUGUUGUGUGUACAGUGGAGGUAUGAUAAUGGGGGAGAGCAGCUGGCGUAUAUUAAACUUGAUGGUAGUGUAGUUUCUGGACAUCAGUGGAAAAAGAAUUAUUUUAAUAAAAUAAACAGAC